AUGGUGCCCGUCAAUGCUGUGAUGGCAAUGAAGACCAAGAUGUAUCAGGUGGCCCACAUGAAGAGCAAAGACAAUCGGAUCAAGCUGAUGAACGAAAUUCUCAAUGGGAUCAAAGUGCUAAAGCUUUAUGCCUGGGAGCUGGCAUUCAAGGACAAGGUGCUGGCCAUCAGGCAGGAGGAGCUGAAGGUGCUGAAGAAGUCUGCCUACCUGUCGGCCGUGGGCACCUUCACCUGGGUCUGCACGCCCUUCCUGGUGGCCCUGUGCACAUUUGCCGUCUACGUGACCAUUGACAAGAACAACAUCCUGGAUGCCCAGACAGCCUUUGUGUCUUUGGCCUUGUUCAACAUCCUCCGGUUUCCCCUGAACAUUCUCCCCAUGGUCAUCAGCAGCAUCGUGCAGGUCCAGGAUGUGACCUGUGAAAUGGGGGAUGUGAGGAAAGGAGGAGUCCAGCUCGAAUCUCAGGCUCCUGAGGCUGCAGAGAUGGUCCUGGGAACAGGGGAGCUGGGUUGA